GUAAACCUAAUCAACAACUCACGGCACAUUCUUUCUUGCAGAGGGGCCGAAUAUACAAAAACUUUGCCCGACCAGAAACGCACAUCGUUGUGGGCAGCCUCCUAUUUGCACAGUUCAAAAAGAAUACGACAGACGCAAUUUUGUACUUCGGAGCAGCUAUCAACUCCAUCAAUCUGAAGUAUAAGACAGUGAAGACCCUGGAAGUCGAAAUUGUCGCCAUCGCAUUUACGUUUUACGAAUAUGGCAAAGAGGAAGCGAACUUUGUGAAGUUUUACAAGGUGCAAGGUGCAAGCUGGAACCAGUAUGCCGACAUUCACAGCACGCUUGCUGCAUUCAGAGAUUUUUACAAGAACAGCCAUGCCAACAUAUUUUACGGAGCGGAUUUGCUUUCCUUUGUCACAGGGCGAGAUAUGUACUCCCUUAACGGAAACGUGGUGACUCGCGACGUGGCGGGUCUGGCGUACUUAGCGGGUGUAUGUGACUUUUCAAAAACGUCUGUGGUGGAAGACAAGGCUUGGUCUUUCAAUGUAGUGCGUCUUAUGGCCCACGAGUUGGCUCACAAUCUCGGGUGUGUCCACGAUGGCGAGGAACCUUAUGAGCACAUGGAAGGCCAUCCAGGCGCGAAAGGAUGUCCCUGGAAUGAUGGCUACCUGAUGAGCUACGUAACACAGGACAACAGACAGUUCCAAUUUUCCCACUGCUGUGCUAAGCAGAUACUGUUUGUUUCCGAGCUCGCCGACAAGCUAUGCCUGUACUACAACAACAGCGGGAAAAGCGAUCGUGUUAAGACUGACGCUCUACCAGGAGAUAGAGUAUCGCUGGAUAAACUUUGUCAAACUACCUUCGCACACGAAACGGGCUACACGUUUAGGUUCGAUAGGAAAACUGGCCUUUCUGGAAAUGGAUGUAAGAUUCCUUGUAAAAGCAACAACUACACUGUGGGGUAUAAUACGUAUUGGAAGAAUGGAAACGCAAACGGACUGGACGGUUCCCGUUGUGACCGUGUCGACAAAACUAAGCGGUGCAUUCGAGGAGAGUGUAAGUCGCACGAACGCUGCAAGGACUGCCACAACCGUACGUCACAACCACAAGCGCCGCCAACAACAACAACAACAACACCUGCUCCGCGGCGAAGGUACACCUGGACUUAUAAAAGAAGGAACUAUUAAACUUCACUUCUUGUUUGA